AUGCACGCACCUCCCAGAGGCUUGGUGUACGCAAUUUACUACACGGCUCUUGCAGUGAUCGCAGUUCCAGUUAAUAUCGUUGCGAUUGUGAUCCUGUCCCGAGGAAACUGCGGUCUGUCCAGAUGUAUCAGCCGAUACCUCGUGUCCAUGGCGGCGACGGAUCUUCUGGUAAUUCUGACCGCCGUGAUACUCAACCGGAUUCCCGCUAUUUAUUUCCCCGGUAGUUUCCUCUCCAUCACACCAGUGUGCAGGUUCAGCAUUGCAGUAAUUUACGCCGCUAGGGACAGUUCGGUUUGGUUAACGGUCAUGUUCACCUUUGAUCGAUAUGUCACCAUCUGCUGGCAGAAUCUGAAAGCAAAGUAUUGCACCCACAGAACCGCUGGCAUAGUUGUCUUUGUCGUCUGUACUUUGGCCUGCGUGAUCAACAUUCCCUGGUACUUUGUGCACGAACCAGUCUACGUCGUUAACAACGUGCCCUGGUAUUGCAAACGGAGGGAUAUCCAUUAUUCUUUUCUAUUCUGGACAAUAUUUGAUUGGACCGAUCGCGUUCUGACUCCAUGCCUGCCGUUCCUGCUUAUUCUCUCGUUCAACGCUCUGACUGUUAGGCACAUUCUGGUGGCCAGUCGGGCCCGUAGGAGACUCCGCAGUUGCUCCGCAGGAGAAACACAGAGCGACCCGGAGAUGGAAAGCCGCAGGAAGUCGAUCAUCCUGCUCUUUGCAAUCUCGGGAUGUUUCAUCCUACUGUGGAUGCCUUACGUAGUUCAAUUCUUUGUAUUUCAAAUAAGUUACACAGUUAAUGGCUACAACGACCCCAGAUUCAUCCUGAUGGAAAGUGCCAAUGUGUUUCAGAUGUUGAGCUGUUGCACAAACACGUUUAUCUACGCAGUGACUCAAAACAAAUUCCGGCAAGAGUUGAAGGUUCUAAUGAAAUUUCCGCAGAACUUUGCACGUUCCUUGGCUAAGUAG